AUGUCAAAAUUAAUUAAAAAUAUAAUACGAUCAAUAAGUGCAAUAUUUUCCACUUUAUAUUUGGUGCUAAUAAUUCUAACCAUACCUUUAGCAUUUGAUGUUGGUGGAUUAAAUUGUGGAUUAGCAUUUUCAUUAACAACAAUGGUUAUCUAUUUCAUAUUAACAACUAUAAGAAUAAUUGCAAGAAGAACAAGAUAUUUUAAAUGGGUUUCAAUCAUUUAUUAUAGUCAACAUUUUUUUAUACCAAGUAUAUUAACUUAUUUCUUAAGUUAUUAUAAUACCACCCGUUUAAAUAACUCAAAAUUUAAUCCUGUUGAAAUAUGGAAAUUUUUAUUGAUCAAUGCAACUCCUAUUUUUACAAUACUAGAAGGAUUUUGUUCAUUAUUAUUAAUUCAAGCUAUUGGUCAAACUAUUAAUUGGUUAACUAUAUACAAAUCAGAUUCUUGGUUAAUAAUUUCAUUAGUUGGAAGUGCUUUAGUGGAUACUGGUGCAUUUUAUUUCUUAUACAGGAUUUAUGUUUUCCCAUUUACAAUUGAUAUUUUAAGUGCAUCAUUAUUAGGCUCAUUAUUAACUAUGACUAUUGGAUUAUGUUUAUUUGGUAUUGUAAGUGGCAAAGGUUCAAUGAUUGAAUCUUCAUUAUUAUUUGCAUAUAUUGUUAGAUGUAUUUAUGAAACUUUCCCUAUAUUAUCAGAAGGUGCAUCAGCUGCAUUAACAAAUUUAUUAACUCAAGCAACUCAAAAUGUACGUAAAGAAAUUCCAAAAAUCCCACCAUCUAUUUUAAAUCCAAUUUCAGAAGUUGUACCAUUUUUAGCAUCAACAUUACCAUUAUCAUUUAAAGGAGUUUGGGAAUUUUUGGUGAUGGCUAUACAAAAUUUAACAUUACCUUUAUUAUUAAAUUUAGCUUAUAGAAUUGGAGUAUUUUAUGCAGCCACAAAAAUUAUACCAUCAUUAUAUCAAUCAGUAUCAUAUCCAACUGUAACUCCACCAAAAACCCCACAACCAAGAUCAAGACAAACUUCAAGCUCAGCCAUAAAUGAAAUGAUCAACAACAAUGAAGAAGAAUCACAACCAGAACAAGAUGGAAGAAUAAAGUUAAAAUCAAGAAAAUCAUUCCAUUUAAAACCACCACAUCAUCAACCACCAUCAGCUAUAAUACGACUUAUAUAUGCUUAUUCACCGUGUUUAAUAAUAGCAGUAUAUUCACAUUUAAUGUUAUCGUACAUUGGUGAAUUAGGUACAGAAUUACAAAUAUGGCCACUUUGGGGUACAUCAAUAAAUAGUACAAUAAUUGUACACCCAUGGAAAUUUUGGAAUUGGGUAAAUAUGGUAACUACAUUGGUAUUAUAUGUUGCAGAAUUACUGAAUAAUGAUAGUUCUUCUGGUGGUGGCAAUAGUUUAACAAGUCAUUGGAAAGUAGAAUAA